AUGGGCUUUUUCUCAUCAUUGAAGGAGCACUUCAAGGGUGCCUCCACUCCAAUGGAGAGGAAGCUUGUUCUCAAGUUGGACUUUUUCAUUCUCACAUUCUGCUGUUUAGCGUAUUUCAUGAAUUAUCUCGACAGGGCCAGUAUCACUCAAGCAUAUGUAUCCGGAAUGAGAGAGGACUUGGGCUUCAAAGGGGCUCAACUGACAGUUGUAACGACUCUUUACGCGACGGCCUAUCUUAUAGGCAUUGUUCCCAAUAACUUGCUUUUGACUUAUUUCAAGCCUCGAAACUUCUUCCCCUUUAUGAUUACAACCUGGGCGGGAAUCACCAUGCUGAAUGCAGUGGCGAAGACUCCGCAGCAUCUUAUGGCUAUCCGAUUCUUCCAAGGAUACUUUGAAUCAUGCAUUUUUGCUGGGACUCAGUACAUCCUGGGGUCAUGGUACACUAAGAAAGAGCUUGGCCAGCGCACGGGAUUCUUUACCGCUAGCGGUCUCGCUGGUGGCAUGUUUGGCGGCUUCCUACAGAGCGGCAUCCAUUCCUCAAUGAAUGGCCUACAUGGGUUGCCAGGUUGGAAGUGGCUUUUCAUUAUCUCCGGCAUUAUCACGCUGCCUGUCGCGGUCUAUGGGUACUUUUUCUUCCCCGAUACACCUCACACGACCACGGCCUUUUAUCUUAGCCAGGAAGAAAUUGCUCUUGCAAGAGAACGAGUGCCAAUACACGAGGUCGACGAGAUGGAGAGCAUCCUGUCCAAGUCUUUCCUCUCCAGGGUGAUGCACUCCUGGUACUUCUACGCCUUCUGCUUCCUCUGGAUUCUAGGCAACUGCUCCGAAUCGCAGUCCAACCAGUCGCUUCUGAACCUCUACAUGCAAGCUCAUCCUACAGAGAAGUACAACCUUUAUCAACGCAACAACUACCCCACCGGUGUACAAGCCAUGGGCGUGACGAGCACCCUAUUGUGGGCGACUUCAACAGAUAUCUGGGGCAGGCGAUGGCUGUCGGGUUACUACGUCUCCUUCACGGCUAUUUCCAAUGCUGCAAUUAUUCUCGCCCCGACUUCAACGGCAGCCAAGUUCGGGGCCUACUACUGGGCUGGUUCGAUCUACUGCAUCCAAGCCACUUUCUUUGCGUGGGCCAACGACUCAAUGCGAAACGAAUCACCGAGACUUCGAUCUUGCGUUAUUGCAUGCAUGAAUGCAGCUGGCAAUUGCUUCCAAGCUUGGUGGCCACUCAUUUUCUAUAGAGCGGAUGACGCUCCGGAUUUUAAGAAAGGAAUGAUUGCCAUGAUAGCUGUGGGGGCAACGAUGGCGAUUUGGGUCACCGUCCUUGUCUCGGUCGAAAAGCGACGCGCUAAUAGGAAGCUUGAAGUAAUCGAAGCCGUUGUGGAAGAGCGAAGCUUGGAGUCAGAGGCGCCUGCGAAGUUGGACGCUUCUAAGCUGGAUAGCCAGGUUUCUGAUGUCAAGCCGUCUUCACACUGA